GUUUUCAUUACAGCAUCUUUCUCCCUCUCUCUCUCUCCCUGCUGCAAUCGCUCCCAAGUAGACACAUUAAACCUCCCCGCGCCGAGGGAGCGGAUCCGCCCCUGGGGCUGCCUGCUGGCCCCGGGCAGCACGGCUCACCUGUCCGAGCCCUGUGGGGCUAAACACCCCCCUCAACCUGUAAUUCCUUAAUUCUGUUUCCCUUCUUCUCCCACCCCAACAGCCAAGGCACGGGAACCCAGUGCCAGAGCUGGGAGCAGCAGAAAUCCCAGCCCAGCCCCGGACAGCUCCUACCUGCUCCUCCCUGUCCCGAGCAUCCCGAGCUGGGCGGGAUCAGCCCAGUGUUCCCAUUCUGCGCCCACAGGGCUGGACCAGCCCAGCUCUUCCAAACCCCUGCCAGGAGCAGCCCUGAGGCUGUCACAGCCCUGCCCUGUGGCUGCAGCUCAUCCCCACCACAGACGCAGGGCACCUGUGAUCUGGCCCCCAUGUCCUGGUGGCUCCCAGCCACCCAAUUCACCUUCCUGACUCUCUUUUGUAGGCAGAGUUUUCAUCUCACAUUCUCUGGGAUGCUCCCAAAAGGUGUAACCUUGAUCUUGGCCUGAUGAAAUUUCAUCCUGUGCCUCUGGCGCUCGUCCCCAAGGUCAUCCACUCUUUCUCCCAGGUCUCCAAGUGGCAUCUGCCAGUGUCCCUCUUACACAAGGGCCCUAUUGAAGAGAAUACUGAGCCUGGGGAGCCCCAGGAUGGGACACCCCACUGUCACAUCAUGGAUCAUUGCCCCUGGCAAGGAUCCCCAGUGCCUGUUCCACCGGCAUCACCUGCCCAGGAAUCUCUGAUAACUGUGCUGGUAUCAGAUCAGAUUUUUACAGAGUUCCUGACUGAUUUGUUCUCCCAGUUUGUGGUGUCCACGUGUGCCAGGAUGUGCUCAGGCACCAGGGACCCUGCAGGGUGCACAGGGAAGGAAUCAGAGCAGCUGAACUGAGGGCUUGGGGUGAGAUUCUCCCAGCCAGGCGCCGGCCCAAAGCUCCCAUCCAGCCCCUGCACGUCCAAGUGCUGCCGGAUUUAGAUUCUCCCCCGGUGCCGGGAUGGGGCUGGAGAUUGCUCUGUGGUCUCUGGAUGCUUUUAUCAAGUGCUGAGUACAGGAAAACAGCAAACCACGAGAAGGGGCUGCGCUGCUGCAGAGAGGAGACGCCCGUGCUCCCACAGCUCCAUCCCAGCUUCCUGCACCAGAGCUGCUCCCUGGGACCCUGAGCCCAGCUGGUUCAGCAGCACAAGGCCUGGAGCCGUUCCUUGAAGGAAGAGAGGGCUCCCCGUGCCCCACUGGAAUCCAAAACAUGAGGUGACGUGCCCAGCACUGACUGAGCUCUGCAGAAGGACUCAUUGCCUGGACAGUACCCAAAUCCUGCCAAGACCAGCCCUGCUCAGAGGAGGACAGACCUCACUCCACUGGGAAUGUUGGAUUUGCCGGAUUCUCACGUGCACGCGCCGGUGCCCUGCGGCACAGGGGGAUGAGCCUGCAGGGAUGGGCACUGCCAGGGCAGGAGGAGCAUCGUGGGAGCCUGAGGACACCACAGCAUCCUUCCUCCCACCUGGACCACCACUGAACCAGGACAGUGUCACGGGCAUUUUGGGAGAACCUCUGGCUCCAGCUGGCCUGGGGAUGAGCACAGAGAGCCUGGCAUACGGCGGCUCUGGAGGCAGCCGGGGACCCAGCAGGGAGGGCUGGGCCUGGCUGGAGCAGCCGCUGGGGCUGCCAGGGCCACACCACGCCAGGACGGAGGGCACGGCAUGGGGGCACAGCGCUGGGUACCUGCCCACACGGUGUGCCCCCAGCCUGGCAGCCCCUGGGGGCUCCCAAGGCACCUCUGGAGGCGGUGAUGUCUCUGCUCUGUCCUGGCAGCCGGAGCCGGCCGGUCCCAGGGGGCCCGGGGAGCCCGCGGAACCGCCCCUCGCUCCUCCUCCCCUCCUGCUCCUGAUAUACCCUCCUGGCUCCGAGCAUCCCGAGCGUCCCUCUGCUCCUCUCCCUCACUCCCGCUCGCCUCACUCCUUUUCCCUUCUCCGUUUCUCUUCUCUGAACUUGCCCCUUCCCCCUCCCCUGAUCUCCCCAGCCCCUCUCUGCUGAGGAACUGACUGAAGACCCCCAGGCUGGGGCAGGGCACGGGCCAGGACCCCCACACCAGAGCCAGGACCUCCGCACCACAGCUGGGACCCCCAGGCUGGGCAAUGCCUCUCCAGAUAUUCUGCACCAUCUCCUUCUCCAGGGAGGAAGCACCAGAAGAUGCUGCAGCCACUGAGAAGGAAGAAGAUGAAGCAGACGAGUUCCUAUAUGGGCAGGAGGAGGAUGAAGAGGACGAGGAGGACACAGGGACAACCACGGACUUCGUGGCCUUUGCCAGCAGCUGCACCCUGCACGGGCUGAGCCACAUCUUCGUGGAGGGCAGCCUGGGCGCCCGGCAGGCGCUGUGGGCGCUGGCCUUCCUCCUCUCCCUCUCCGUCUUCCUCUACCAGGUGGCCGACCGCAUCGCCUACUACCUGGAGUACCACCACGUCACGCUGCUCAGCGAGGAGGAGAGCCCCGAGAUGACCUUCCCCGCCGUCACCUUCUGCAACAUCAACCGCGUGCGGCUCUCGCAGCUCAGCCACGAGGACCUGCUCUACCUGGCCCCUCUGGUGGACUACGAGCCCGGCAUGGAGCUGGGCUUCACCCCGGCCCAGCCGGGCCCCUGGGAGGAGGACGAGCCCCUAAAUUUGUACGGGUUUUUUAACCGCACUUGCCACCAGCUGGAGGACAUGCUGCUGAGCUGCAGCUACCGCGGCCAGCGCUGCGGCCCCGGGGACUUUGCGCCGGUCUUCACCCGCUAUGGGAAGUGCUACACCUUCAAUGCGGGGCAGGACGGGAAGCCCCGGCUCAUCACCAUGAAGGGGGGCACUGGAAAUGGCCUGGAGAUCAUGCUGGACAUCCAGCAGGACGAGUACCUGCCAGUGUGGGGGGAAACAGAUGAGACCUCGUUCGAAGCCGGGAUCAAGGUGCAGAUCCACAGCCAGGACGAGCCCCCCCUGAUCGACCAGCUGGGCUUCGGGGUGGCUCCCGGCUUCCAGACCUUUGUGUCCUGCCAGGAGCAGCGGCUCAUCUACCUGCCACCUCCCUGGGGCGACUGCAAGGCCGUGGCGGGUGACUCGGAGUUCUACGACACCUACAGCAUCACGGCGUGCCGCAUCGACUGCGAGACCCGCUACCUGGUGGAGAACUGCAACUGCCGCAUGGUGCACAUGCCAGGCGAUGCCCCUUACUGCACCCCGGAGCAGUACAAGGAGUGCGCGGAUCCGGCCUUAGAUUUCCUGGUGGAGAAGGACAACGAGUACUGCAUCUGUGAGAUGCCCUGCAACAUGACGCGCUACGGCAAGGAGCUCUCCAUGGUCAAGAUCCCCAGCAAGGCCUCGGCCAAGUACCUGGCCAAGAAGUAUAACAAGUCAGAGCAGUACAUCGGGGAGAACAUCCUGGUGCUGGAUAUCUUCUUUGAAGCCCUCAACUACGAGACGAUCGAGCAGAAGAAGGCGUACGAGGUGGCGGGUUUGCUGGGUGACAUUGGAGGGCAGAUGGGGCUGUUCAUUGGGGCCAGCAUCCUCACAGUGCUGGAGCUGUUUGACUACGCCUAUGAGGUGAUAAAGCACCGGCUGUGCCGGCGGGGCAAGUGCCGCAAGAACCACAAGAGGAACAACACAGACAAGGGCGUCGCGCUGAGCAUGGACGACGUGAAGCGCCACAAUCCCUGCGAAAGCAUACGGGGGCACCCAGCAGGCAUGACGUACGCAGCCAACAUCCUACCUCACCACCCGGCCCGGGGCACCUUUGAGGACUUCACCUGCUAACCGACGUCUGGAUGUACAACCUGAGCUACCAAAGCCCUGCGAGAGCUGCCCUUCUCCCCGCCAGCGCCAGCGGAGAGACACAUCUAGGGGCCCUUUGCUCCUCGGCACGGUGGGACACGGACAAGAGCGACGGCCUCGGAUUUCGGGGCGGGCAGUGGGGUCGGGCGACGCCAGACCCUGGCACAGCUGCUCUGCGCCUGCCCUGCUCCUUCAGAGACUCCAGGAUGCUCCAGCCCGGCCGUCCCGCGGGGCGGGAGCGACACGCACAGUGGGCCAGGGCACGGGCCUGCCCCGGCUCCCCCUUGGCUCCCCUCGGCCUUUUUAACUAAAACCCAGAAGCCAAGAAGAAGCAGCCGUUCGGCCGCAGUCUCCAUCCACAGCCCUGUCCGUCUGUCCUCCGUCGUCUCCAUGCUCAUCCUGCUCCAACGCCUUGGCCGCGCCUGCUGGGCUCCCUGUGCCUGCUGGGGGGCUCAUUGGGGAGCCCCUGGCGUGCCUGGCACAGGGCAGCAGCCCGGGAAUCCCUGGAGAGCCCCUCUGUCCCCCGGGACCUCAGCCCGGGCGUUCCUGGCACGAAGACACGGCACCUCCACCUGUCCAGAACGUCUUCCUUGGCCCUGCCCUGGGAUCAGCCCUGGGAUCAGCCCCAGGAUCAGCCCCGGGAGCAGCCCCAGGAUCAGCCCCAGGAGCAGCCCCAGGAUCAGCCCCAGGAGCAGCCCCAGGAGCACCAAAGGGGGCUCAGCUGGGAGGUGCCACCUGGGCUCUGAGGAUACCGGGCACUGUCCCUCCCUGCUCACCCCUCCUGGGCUCUGGGCAGCCUGGCCAGCUCCAGCACUGCCCCAUGGUCCCUCCCGUCCGCAGGGAACCCUGUGGCCCCAAACUCAGCCAUCCUCGGGGAGAAGGGCACAAGGAAACUCCUGGUGCCACUUGUCCCCAGCUGGGGACACCCCCUUGGCACCACCGUGGCUGGGCAGGCACCGGAGCCCCAACUCCCCAGGGUUCAGAGGGGGCUCUGGGGCUCCAGCCCCGCUGUGCCCCAAAAGCUGCUGCCCCGGGGGGUUUGGGGUGUCUGUGGGUUCCCAGAACCUCUGCUGCCCCUCCCUGGCACAGCCCUGCCCUGGCUGGGGUCUGUGGCCACCUGUCAGAGCCCACCAGUCCCUCUGGGGUCCCCAUCUGGCCCCCCAACCCAUCUCCCAGCCCCCAGGCCAGAGCCCUCCCUGGGCCCAAGUGCUACUUAUCUUUAAGAGCUUUUGCAAUAAGUCUUUUUAGUAAUUUUUUUUUUCUAAACUGCAGUUUUGUUUUUUAUUCUUGUCAUUUUUAUUCUUAUUAUUUGCUUCCUGACCAAAAUUAGGAACUGGGGGUCAGUCCUUUGUAUCCAGCGAUCACCCAAAGACGACGGGUCGGCCACAUCCAUAAAUUUUCUUAUGGAUUUCUCCUAAUGUUUCAUCACGUUUCAUUUAUUUAUUUUCUUUCUUUCUCUUUCCCAUUCAAGCUUUUAAAGAUGGGGCUGGGAUUUGACCUUGAGGCUCACCUGUUGAAGAAAACGCUUUUUUGUUAUGUCAUCGGCAUUUUAUAUUUCUUAUAUAUAAUAUAUAUGACUAUAUAUAUAUGUGUACAUAUAUAUAUAUAUCUAUAUGCAUCAUGCCAGUGUAGAUACCCAUCCAGUAGCAUUUAGGCCUUGUUCUUGUGCCAUUUUUUUUUUUCUGUUACUGAUCUCUGAAUGCCUUCAAGUGUAUAAAGUGUGGAAUUCUCUCCGGUAUCUGUACUAUGUACACACAUUUUCAUAGGAAGCACAAUAAGAUGACAGAUGCAUUGUACAUCAAUACCUGCUACUCUUAACAACGAUGAUAUAAAGAAUGAUAUAAAUGAUAUAA